GAGACUUUUCUCCUCUACGCCAACGACAUCCCGUCUCAAGGACUAGGCUUCAUCGAUUCUCACGCCUCGGUCCUGGAUCUGCAACUUGGUGGGAGAGACAUUACCAUUCACCAAUCUCCAGGCGUGUUAGCUUCAAGUCGUAAAGGUGGUACGACAGGAGCAGUCCUCUGGAAAAUCACACCUCUUUUCGCAGAAUGGCUUGCUUCCCCUUCAAACCUGCUCUUCCGCACCGUUCUCACCCCAUCAUGCACCAUCAUCGAGCUCGGAUGCGGAAUCUCGCCCCUCAAUGCUUUAACCCUCUCCCCCAAGGUCUCGCGAUACAUUCUCACGGACCAGCCUUACGUCCAAAAGCUCGUCCUGCAGAAUAUUGCUGAAAAUCAACCGUCAUCAUCCAAAUCUCAUACCGGCAAAUCCAAGAGAGGGACCAACAAAUCCUCUCCUUCAAGCCCCCUGAACGCCGUGGCGGACAUACACUUCCAAGUCCUCGACUGGGAAACAUCCCAAGUCUCGUCUUCGCUGACCAAUUCCCCCUCGGUUUUCUCUUUCGACGCACUCAUUGCUUGCGAUUGUGUCUUCAACUACGCCCUGAUACAGCCUUUUAUCCAGACCUGUGUCGAUAUAUGCAAGUUACGUCAGACGGACAGUGGCCAAGGGCUUCCUUGUUUAUGCAUUGUGGCACAGCAAUUACGAAACGAUGAUGUGUUCAAUAGCUGGCUAGUGGCCUUUAAGGAGCAUUUUCGAGUUUGGAGAAUGCCAGGACAGAUGAUGCCUGCAGAGCUCCGUCCCGAGGCCGGAUUUGUUGUCCAUAUUGGAAUCCUCAAG